GGAGGCAGAGGGUGGAGAGAGAACGCUCACGCCCAGAGGAGGUGUGGGUGUUCCGCUUCCAUCCUCACGGAACGAGCUCCCGCUUCGCGGACAUGGGAUUACCCAGCGGCUGCUAACCCCUCUCCUCGCCCUGCUCCCCCGGAGCGGCGUGGCUCCCCGGGCACCAAGGAGCUGACUACCGAGGAGCAGGACUCGCACCCCUGGCUGGGCGUGUGUUGGCAACAGAGUGCCUGACCCGGGUCAGGAUUCUCAAGAAAGCCAUGUCUGACAAGAUGUCUAGUUUCCUUCAUAUCGGAGACAUUUGUUCUCUGUACGCCGAGGGAUCGACAAAUGGAUUUAUUAGCACCUUGGGCCUGGUUGAUGAUCGUUGUGUUGUACAGCCAGAAGCUGGGGACCUUAACAAUCCGCCCAAGAAAUUCAGAGAUUGCCUCUUUAAACUAUGUCCCAUGAAUCGCUACUCUGCCCAGAAGCAGUUCUGGAAAGCUGCUAAGCCAGGAGCCAACAGCACGACAGACGCAGUACUGCUUAACAAACUACACCAUGCUGCAGACUUGGAAAAGAAGCAGAAUGAGACGGAAAACAGGAAAUUGCUGGGGACCGUGAUCCAGUAUGGCAAUGUGAUCCAGCUCUUGCAUUUGAAAAGUAAUAAAUACCUAACAGUGAAUAAGAGGCUUCCAGCUCUGCUGGAGAAGAAUGCCAUGAGAGUCACGUUGGAUGAGGCUGGCAACGAAGGGUCCUGGUUUUACAUUCAGCCGUUCUACAAGCUGCGAUCCAUCGGAGACAGUGUGGUCAUAGGUGACAAGGUUGUUCUGAACCCCGUGAAUGCUGGCCAGCCCUUACAUGCCAGCAGUCAUCAGCUGGUGGAUAACCCAGGCUGCAACGAGGUCAAUUCCGUCAACUGCAAUACAAGCUGGAAAAUAGUCCUUUUCAUGAAAUGGAGUGAUAACAAAGAUGACAUAUUAAAGGGGGGUGACGUCGUGAGGCUGUUCCACGCCGAGCAGGAGAAGUUCCUCACCUGUGACGAGCACAGGAAGAAGCAGCACGUCUUCCUGAGAACUACCGGGCGGCAGUCAGCCACGUCCGCCACUAGCUCCAAAGCCCUGUGGGAGGUGGAGGUGGUCCAGCAUGACCCGUGUCGGGGUGGAGCAGGGUAUUGGAACAGCCUCUUCCGUUUCAAGCAUCUUGCUACAGGGCAUUACUUAGCAGCAGAGGUAGACCCUGACUUUGAGGAAGAAUGCCUGGAGUUUCAGCCCUCACUGGACCCUGAUCAGGAUGCCUCCCGAAGCAGGUUGCGAAACGCCCAAGAGAAGAUGGUGUACUCCCUGGUCUCUGUGCCCGAAGGCAAUGACAUCUCGUCCAUCUUUGAGCUAGAUCCCACCACCCUCCGUGGAGGCGAUAGUCUUGUCCCGAGAAACUCAUAUGUCCGGCUCAGACACCUGUGUACUAAUACCUGGGUUCACAGCACAAAUAUCCCCAUUGACAAGGAAGAAGAAAAACCCGUGAUGCUAAAAAUUGGAACCUCUCCCGUGAAGGAGGACAAAGAAGCAUUUGCCAUAGUUCCAGUCUCUCCUGCUGAGGUUCGGGACCUGGACUUUGCCAAUGACGCCAGCAAGGUGCUGGGUUCCAUAGCUGGGAAGCUGGAGAAGGGCACCAUCACCCAGAAUGAGAGAAGAUCUGUAACCAAGCUGCUGGAAGACUUGGUUUACUUUGUCACUGGUGGAACUAAUUCCGGUCAAGAUGUUCUCGAAGUGGUCUUCUCUAAGCCCAACAGAGAACGGCAGAAGCUGAUGAGAGAACAGAAUAUCCUCAAGCAGAUCUUCAAGUUGUUACAGGCCCCAUUCACAGACUGCGGUGACGGCCCGAUGCUACGUCUGGAGGAGCUGGGGGACCAGCGGCACGCGCCCUUCAGACACAUCUGCCGCCUCUGCUACAGGGUCCUGAGACACUCCCAGCAGGACUACAGAAAGAACCAGGAGUACAUAGCCAAGCAGUUUGGCUUCAUGCAGAAGCAGAUUGGCUAUGACGUGCUGGCUGAAGACACCAUCACUGCCCUGCUCCACAAUAAUCGGAAACUCCUGGAAAAACACAUCACCGCGGCGGAGAUCGACACCUUCGUCAGUCUGGUGCGAAAGAACAGGGAGCCCAGAUUCUUAGAUUACCUCUCUGAUCUCUGCGUGUCCAUGAACAAAUCCAUUCCGGUGACCCAGGAACUGAUAUGUAAAGCUGUGCUGAAUCCAACCAACGCUGACAUUCUGAUUGAGACCAAGUUGGUGCUCUCUCGUUUCGAAUUUGAAGGUGUUUCUACUGGAGAGAAUGCUCUGGAGGCAGGAGAGGAUGAGGAAGAGGUGUGGCUGUUUUGGAGGGACGGCAACAAAGAGGUUCGCAGUAAGAGUGUGAGGGAGCUGGCGCAGGAUGCUAAGGAGGGUCAGAAGGAAGACCGGGACGUCCUCAGCUACUACAGGUACCAGCUGAACCUCUUUGCGAGGAUGUGCCUGGACCGCCAGUACCUCGCCAUCAACGAAAUCUCGGGCCAGCUGGACGUGGAUCUCAUUCUCCGCUGCAUGUCUGAUGAGAACCUGCCCUAUGACCUGCGGGCGUCCUUCUGCCGUCUCAUGCUGCACAUGCAUGUGGACCGAGACCCACAGGAGCAAGUCACUCCCGUGAAAUACGCCCGCCUCUGGUCCGAGAUUCCCUCCGAGAUCGCCAUUGAUGACUAUGAUAGUAGUGGCACUUCCAAAGAUGAAAUUAAGGAGAGGUUUGCUCAGACUAUGGAAUUUGUGGAGGAGUAUUUAAGAGAUGUGGUGUGUCAGAGGUUCCCUUUCUCUGAUAAGGAGAAAAAUAAACUUACAUUUGAGGUUGUAAACUUAGCUAGGAAUCUCAUAUACUUUGGUUUCUACAACUUCUCUGACCUUCUACGAUUAACCAAAAUCCUCCUGGCCAUAUUGGACUGUGUGCACGUGACCACAAUCUUCCCCAUCAGCAAGAUGGCGAAGGGAGAGGAGAAUAAAGGUAGUAACGUGAUGCGGUCCAUCCAUGGGGUUGGAGAGCUGAUGACCCAGGUGGUGCUCCGGGGAGGAGGCUUCCUGCCCAUGACUCCCACGGCCGCCGCCCCUGAGGGCAACGUGAAGCAAGCAGAGCCGGAGAAGGAGGACAUCAUGGUGAUGGACACCAAGUUGAAGAUCAUUGAAAUACUCCAGUUUAUUUUGAAUGUGAGGUUGGAUUAUAGGAUCUCCUGCCUCCUGUGUAUAUUUAAGCGGGAAUUUGAUGAAAGCAAUUCCCAGACUUCGGAAACAUCCUCCGGAAACAGCAGCCAAGAGGGACCAAGUAAUGUACCAGGUGCUCUUGACUUUGAACACAUUGAGGAGCAAGCCGAGGGCAUCUUCGGAGGAAGGAAAGAGAACACGCCCCUGGACCUGGACGACCACGGCGGCAGAACCUUCCUCCGGGUCCUGCUCCAUUUGACGAUGCACGACUACCCACCCCUGGUGUCAGGGGCCCUGCAGCUCCUCUUUCGGCACUUCAGUCAGAGGCAGGAGGUCCUGCAGGCCUUCAAACAGGUUCAACUGCUUGUUACCAGCCAAGAUGUCGACAACUACAAACAGAUCAAACAAGACUUGGACCAACUGAGAUCCAUUGUGGAGAAGUCAGAGCUUUGGGUGUACAAAGGGCAGGGCCCCGACGAGGCCAUGGACGGUGCAUCUGGUGAAAAUGAACAUAAGAAAACAGAGGAGGGGAAUAACAAGUCACAGAAACAUGAAAGCACCAGCAGCUAUAACUACAGGGUGGUCAAAGAGAUUUUGAUUCGACUCAGCAAACUCUGUGUCCAAGAGAGCGCGUCGGUGCGGAAGAGCAGGAAGCAGCAGCAGCGCCUGCUCCGGAACAUGGGUGCCCACGCCGUGGUGCUGGAGCUGCUACAGAUCCCCUACGAGAAGGCCGAAGACACCAAGAUGCAGGAGAUAAUGAGGCUGGCUCACGAGUUUCUGCAGAAUUUCUGUGCUGGCAACCAGCAGAAUCAGGCUUUGCUCCACAAACACAUAAACCUGUUUCUCAACCCAGGGAUCCUGGAGGCGGUCACGAUGCAGCACAUCUUCAUGAACAAUUUCCAGCUGUGUAGUGAGAUCAACGAGAGAGUCGUCCAGCACUUUGUUCACUGCAUUGAGACUCACGGUCGAAACGUCCAGUACAUCAAGUUCUUGCAGACGAUUGUCAAGGCCGAAGGGAAAUUCAUCAAAAAGUGCCAAGACAUGGUCAUGGCUGAGCUGGUUAAUUCAGGAGAGGAUGUCCUUGUAUUCUACAACGACAGAGCCUCUUUCCAGACUCUGAUCCAGAUGAUGAGGUCGGAACGGGACCGGAUGGAUGAGAACAGCCCUCUCAUGUACCACAUCCACCUGGUCGAGCUCUUGGCCGUGUGCACAGAGGGCAAGAACGUCUACACGGAGAUCAAGUGCAACUCCCUGCUCCCGCUGGAUGACAUUGUCCGCGUGGUGACCCAUGAGGACUGCAUCCCCGAGGUUAAAAUUGCGUACAUUAACUUCUUGAAUCACUGCUAUGUGGAUACGGAGGUGGAAAUGAAGGAGAUUUAUACCAGUAAUCACAUGUGGAAAUUGUUUGAGAAUUUCCUUGUGGACAUCUGCAGGGCCUGUAACAACACAAGUGACAGGAAACACGCAGACUCAAUUUUGGAGAGGUAUGUCACCGAAAUUGUCAUGAGCAUCGUUACGACGUUCUUCAGUUCUCCCUUCUCAGACCAGAGUACGACUUUGCAGACUCGCCAGCCCGUCUUUGUGCAGCUGCUGCAAGGUGUGUUCAGGGUUUACCACUGCAACUGGCUCAUGCCGAGCCAGAAGGCCUCGGUGGAGAGCUGCAUUCGGGUGCUCUCUGAUGUAGCCAAGAGCCGGGCCAUUGCCAUCCCCGUGGACCUGGACAGCCAGGUCAACAACCUCUUCCUCAAGUCCCACAACAUCGUGCAGAAAACUGCCAUGAACUGGCGGCUGACGGCCCGCAAUGCAGCUCGCAGAGACUCUGUCCUGGCAGCUUCCAGAGACUACCGGAAUAUCAUCGAGCGCUUGCAGGACAUCGUCUCUGCCCUGGAGGACCGUCUCAGGCCCCUGGUGCAGGCCGAGUUAUCUGUGCUGGUGGACGUCCUCCACAGGCCUGAGCUGCUUUUCCCGGAGAACACAGAUGCCAGAAGAAAGUGUGAGAGUGGUGGCUUCAUUUGCAAGUUAAUAAAGCACACUAAACAGCUGCUAGAGGAGAAUGAGGAGAAACUCUGCAUUAAGGUCCUACAGACCCUCAGAGAAAUGAUGACCAAAGAUAGAGGCUAUGGAGAAAAGGGUGAGGCCCUCAGGCAGAUUUUGGUCAACCGUUACUAUGGAAACGUCAGACCUUCAGGAAGAAGAGAGAGCCUGACCAGCUUUGGCAAUGGCCCGCUGUCACCAGGAGGACCCGGCAAGUCCGGGGGAGGAGGGGGAGGUUCCGGGUCCAGCUCCAUGAGCAGGGGGGAGAUGAGCCUGGCCGAGGUUCAGUGCCACCUUGACAAGGAGGGGGCCUCCAAUCUGGUCAUCGACCUCAUAAUGAACGCAUCCAGCGAUCGAGUGUUCCAUGAAAGCAUUCUCCUGGCCAUCGCCCUGCUGGAAGGAGGCAACACCACCAUACAGCACUCCUUUUUCUGCCGGUUGACAGAAGAUAAGAAGUCGGAGAAAUUCUUCAAGGUCUUCUAUGACCGAAUGAAGGUGGCCCAGCAAGAAAUCAAGGCAACGGUGACAGUGAACACCAGUGACUUGGGAAAUAAAAAGAAAGAUGACGAGGUAGACAGGGACGCCCCAUCACGGAAAAAAGCCAAAGAGCCCACGACACAGAUAACGGAAGAGGUCCGGGAUCAGCUCCUGGAGGCCUCUGCCGCCACCAGGAAAGCCUUCACCACCUUCAGAAGGGAGGCUGACCCCGACGAUCACUACCAGCCAGGGGAGGGCGCCCAGGCCACAGCAGACAAGACCAAGGACGACCUGGAGAUGAGCGCGGUCAUCACCAUCAUGCAGCCCAUCCUCCGCUUCCUGCAGCUCCUGUGCGAAAACCACAACCGGGACCUCCAGAACUUCCUUCGUUGCCAAAAUAACAAGACCAACUACAAUUUGGUAUGUGAGACGCUGCAGUUUCUGGACUGUAUUUGUGGAAGUACCACGGGGGGUCUUGGUCUUCUCGGACUCUAUAUCAACGAAAAGAAUGUGGCCCUCAUCAACCAAACCCUGGAAAGUCUGACCGAGUACUGUCAAGGACCUUGCCAUGAGAACCAGAACUGCAUAGCCACCCAUGAGUCCAAUGGCAUUGAUAUCAUCACAGCGCUCAUCCUCAAUGACAUCAACCCUCUGGGAAAGAAGAGGAUGGACCUUGUAUUAGAACUGAAGAACAACGCAUCCAAGUUGCUCCUGGCCAUCAUGGAGAGCAGGCACGACAGUGAAAAUGCCGAGAGGAUACUCUAUAACAUGAGGCCCAAGGAACUGGUGGAAGUGAUCAAGAAAGCCUACAUGCAAGGCGAAGUGGAAUUCGAGGAUGGAGAGAAUGGCGAGGACGGAGCUGCUUCCCCCAGGAACGUGGGACACAACAUCUACAUCUUAGCUCAUCAGUUGGCUCGGCACAACAAAGAACUUCAGACCAUGCUGAAACCUGGUGGCCAAGUGGAGGGAGACGAAGCUCUGGAGUUUUACGCCAAGCACACGGCCCAGAUAGAGAUUGUCAGAUUAGACCGAACCAUGGAACAGAUUGUUUUCCCCGUGCCCAGUAUAUGUGAAUUCCUCACCAAGGAGUCAAAGCUCCGAAUAUACUACACUACAGAGAGGGAUGAGCAAGGCAGCAAGAUCAACGAUUUCUUCCUGCGGUCCGAGGACCUCUUCAAUGAGAUGAAUUGGCAAAAGAAGCUGCGAGCCCAGCCCGUUCUGUACUGGUGUGCCCGCAACAUGUCUUUCUGGAGCAGCAUUUCAUUCAACCUGGCUGUCCUGAUGAAUCUGCUUGUGGCAUUUUUCUACCCAUUUAAAGGAGUCCGAGGAGGAACCCUGGAGCCACACUGGUCAGGGCUGCUGUGGACAGCCAUGCUCAUAUCUCUGGCCAUUGUCAUCGCCCUCCCCAAGCCCCACGGCAUCCGGGCCUUAAUCGCUUCCACAAUUCUCCGGUUGAUAUUUUCGGUCGGGUUACAACCCACAUUGUUUCUUCUGGGAGCUUUCAACGUCUGCAAUAAAAUCAUCUUUCUGAUGAGCUUUGUGGGCAACUGUGGAACAUUCACCAGAGGCUACCGAGCCAUGGUUCUGGAUGUUGAGUUCCUUUAUCAUUUGCUGUAUCUGCUGAUCUGCGCCAUGGGGCUCUUCGUCCAUGAAUUCUUCUACAGUUUGCUGCUUUUUGACUUAGUGUACAGAGAAGAGACUCUGCUUAAUGUCAUUAAAAGCGUCACUCGCAACGGACGGUCCAUCAUCUUGACGGCGGUCCUGGCUUUGAUCCUGGUUUACCUGUUCUCAAUAGUGGGCUACCUUUUCUUCAAGGAUGACUUCAUCUUGGAAGUAGAUAGGCUGCCCAAUGAAACCGCUCUUCCAGAAGCCAGUGAGAGUUUGGCAAGCGAGUUCCUGUACUCUGACGUGUGUAGGGUGGAGACUGGGGAGAACUGCUCCUCUCCGGCACCCAAAGAAGAGCGGGUCCCUGCAGAGGAGACGGAGCAGGAUAAAGAGCACACGUGCGAGACGCUCCUGAUGUGCAUCGUCACGGUGCUGAGUCACGGGCUGCGGAGCGGGGGCGGAGUGGGAGAUGUGCUCAGGAAGCCGUCCAAAGAGGAGCCCCUCUUUGCUGCCCGAGUGAUCUAUGACCUCUUGUUCUUCUUCAUGGUCAUCAUCAUUGUCCUUAAUCUGAUUUUCGGGGUCAUCAUUGACACCUUUGCCGAUCUGAGGAGUGAAAAGCAGAAGAAAGAGGAGAUCUUAAAGACCACGUGCUUUAUCUGCGGCUUGGAAAGAGACAAGUUUGACAACAAGACCGUCACCUUUGAAGAGCACAUCAAGGAGGAGCACAACAUGUGGCACUACCUGUGCUUCAUCGUCCUGGUGAAAGUCAAGGACUCCACGGAGUACACGGGGCCCGAGAGCUACGUGGCGGAAAUGAUCAAGGAAAGAAACCUUGACUGGUUCCCAAGGAUGAGAGCCAUGUCCCUGGUCAGCAGCGAUUCGGAAGGAGAACAGAAUGAGCUGAGGAACCUGCAGGAGAAGCUGGAGUCCACCAUGAAGCUGGUCACUAAUCUUUCUGGGCAGCUGUCAGAAUUAAAGGACCAGAUGACAGAACAAAGGAAGCAGAAACAAAGAAUUGGUCUUCUAGGGCAUCCUCCUCACAUGAACGUCAACCCACAGCAACCAGCAUAAGCAAAUGAAAUAAAGGAAUCGUAUUUACCUUUUUAAAUUAUUUUUAGUGUGGGUACGGCUAAUUCGUUCUGACUCACCCACAGAGGUCACAUUUAUGCUUAGUAUAUGUGUAAAUACUCAGUUUUAUACUGUAUGUAUAUGAUUGCUACUCUCAAGGUGUGGAUAUAUGUAUUGUAAUUAGAAUUGUUGGCACGAUGAAAUUUCAUUUGUGCCAAAAAGUAUUAAAAAUGCCUUUUUUGGAAGGACUAAAGAAAGCACCUGAUUUGCACUUGAACCACAUUAUAUAGAUUUAAAAGUAUAUGACAUGUAUUUUGUAUUUAAAACUAGAAUAGCCAGUAUUUAUGUUUUUUAUAAAACUGUGCAAUACCAAUUAUGCAAUCACAAUAAAUUUGUAACUCCUGA